UUGAGACAAACUAUCACGAAAGCAGCCUGUCCCUGAGUUGCCGGAACAGGCUUUAGAGGCACAGCGUUGUGCUCAACAGCCUACAUGGGUUUCUUAACACAGCUGGGAGGAUGCUGCUCCUUUCUGCCAUAUUUUAAAAAUCGCAACGUUUACACUUUCUAAAGAAAACUAGGAACAUCCAGGGCCACAGUUUUCUUUUGGCCGGCGGCACUACCCGAGUCCUGAGCACCCACUGGCCGCCCCAGCUCACGGACAGAAACCCAGACGGACCUGCCUGGACGCUCCCAGCCCCCGACAGAGCGUCUCCUCACCCCACACGAUGCAAAGACCCUCACCCGCUCCCCCCGUCUCUCUGCAGGAUCUUCCCCGAGUCCCUGCGGUGGCUCAUGGCCACCCACCAGUUUGAGUCGGCAAAGAAGCUGAUCCUGCACUUCACGCAGAAGAACCACAUGAGCCCCGAGAGUGACAUCAAAGGCGUGAUGCCUGAGCUGGAGAAGGAGCUGUCCCGGAGGCCCAGGAAGGUCUGCAUCGUGAAGGUGGUGGGGACCCGGAACCUGUGGAAGAACAUCGUGGUGCUGUGUGUAAACUCGCUGACCGGCUUCGGGAUCCACCACUGCUUCGCCCGAAGCAUGAUGGGCCAUGAGGUGAAGGAGCCGCUGCUCGAAGACUUCUACGCCGACUACUACGCGGCGGCCGGCAUCGCGCUGGCGUCCUGCCUGGCCAUGUGCCUGGCGGUGCGCGUCCUGGGCCGCCGGGGCGGCCUGCUGCUCUUCAUGAUCCUCACCGCCCUGGCCUCGCUCCUGCAGCUCGGGCUGCUCAACCUGAUCGGGAAAUACAGCCAGCAUCCAGACUCAGAGUUGCAGCUGAAGUUGGCCGUAGGAAUGAGCGACAGCGUCAAAGACAAGUUCUCCAUCACCUUCUCCAUCGUGGGCAUGUUCGCCUCCCACGCGGUGGGGAGCCUCAGCGUGUUCUUCUGUGCAGAGAUCACCCCCACGGUCAUCAGGUGCGGCGGGCUGGGGCUGGUGCUGGCCAGCGCGGGCUUCGGCAUGCUGACGGCGCCCAUCAUCGAGCUGCACAACCAGAAGGGCUACUUCCUGCACCACGUCAUCUUCGCCUGCUGCACGCUCAUCUGCAUCAUCUGCCUCCUGCUGCUGCCCGAGAGCCGGGGCCAGAGCCUGCCCGAGAGCAUCCCCGACGGCGAGCACUACACGCGCCAGCCGCUCCUGCCGCCCCGGCGCGGCGAGCAGCCCCUGCUGCCCACCCACGCCGAGCUCAAGGACUACUCGGGGCUGCACGACGCGGCCGCCGCGGGCGACGGGCGGCCCGACGGGGCCACGGCCAACGGCGGGCGGCCCAUGUAGCCGGCGCGGAGGCUGGGGACCCCGGGGUGGGGCGGGGACCCUGCAAAGCUCUCGAGGAGCGCACGCGUCUGGGGGAGCGGACCUAGCAGACGACCCUUCGGAGACUUUCUUUUCUGCCAUGAAAUGUUUGUAUUUAUUUUGGUCAUUUUUACAAGAAGCACUUUAUUCCCUUCCCUUCACUGAUCUCAAAACCAAGCCCCCUCCUCGGGAAGGACACGCCGCCGCUGGACCGGACCGUGCAGCCCGGCUCCCCGGGGUCCCCCGCCCCCGAGCAUCCCCAGGGCUGCGCUCUCCUCAGACUGAGAUGUGAAUGGUUAGGGUUUUGCUGGAGUCUGUGUGAUGGUUUGUAAAAGUCUUUUCUGUAAGGGAAGAGCUUCCGCUCUGUUAGGGAAAAGCAGCUCACAAUAUCAUUAAAACCAGCUUCGUCUCUCCUUCGA